AUGACCUACGGCAAAUCGAAACGUACAGCCGCGCCGUUGGAUGACCCGCAGCUCAACACCGACUUCACGUACAACUUUGACUCGUGCGUGGUGCAGGGUUCGCGGGAGGACAGGGACACGACGCCCACCGGACAGGGUGGAACGCGUGUGGAUCACGAGCCGGCCGCCGAGGCUGGGCCCCGGCGGUCGCUCGUCGUGUGGUCACCAGGCACGUAG